AUGAGUAGGCUAAAAGAGAAUGAAAUCAGAUUGCAGGCAAUUGAAUCUUGGAUUAUUGAUCUUACAAAUUGGACCAAAGUUGAGUGGACAAGGAUUUUAAAAACUAAUGAUAAGUCAAAAUUAAUAAGAUUGUGUCAGAAAAAGCUGCUAAGGGAAAAAAUCAAUAAGAAAGUCUUAGAUUUCUUUCAGAAACCGCCAAUUAAUUUGAGAACUCUUAAUGACCUCCGUAAAUGGGAACUUGAGCUUGAAAGUUUUGGUUUAGAGGAUGGAAAACUAGCCUCUCAAAUUGUCUCAUUCUUACAUAAAUGUAUUAGAUGCGAAGUAAAUCUCUUGUUAACUCCUCUUAGGGAGCAUGACUACAUUGUAAAGAUUUUGUCACCCCUUUUGAGUGAUUUGUUCGAGGAAUUUGACAGUGGUUGCUUUAAUAUAUUUUGGUAUGUCAUUGUUAGAGACCCUAGAUUUAUGCGGCAACAAACAUCAAAUUAUGCAUGCAACACUUGGUAG